ACUCAAUAUAAAUCCUUUACCAUUUCUUUCUAAUUAUGCACUCACUAAAUAUAUUUCAUCAUAAUUUAAAACAAAAAAAAAUAAAUAAAAAAAAUGAAGAUUUCUCUUACAUACACUCAGAUAUUCCUUCAAGCUUCAUUUGUACUUCUCCUUUUCCUCUCUCAAAUCCCCCCUUUUUCCCUCCCUCUCUUCUUCUUCCUCCUUCUCAUUUACUCAAUCUACCAUUUUUUCCUUAAACCAUACCCAAUCCUCCUUCUAGAAUAUUCCUGCUACAAACCUCCUAACCAUAGGAAAUCUAACUUUGAGCUCUGUAACUACUUUGUCCAGAAAAACGACUGUUUUUCACAAAAAAGUCUUGAUUUCAUGCGCUCUAUUUACCUCAAAUCUGGGUUAGGAGAAGAAACCUAUCUACCUCCAUUUAUAUUCCAAGGCUACAAUAAUGCACCCUUACACUCUGCAUUGUUAGAAGCCAAAGAAGGUAUGUUCUCCGCCGUCGAUUCUCUUUUUUCAACGGCUAAGAUUAACGACCCUAGUAAAGAUAUUCAUAUUGUUAUUGUUACAUGUGGUAGUUUUUCUCCUUCACCAUCUCUUUCCUCCAUGUUGGUUAAUCAUUAUAAAAUGGGUCCCACUGUUAGGACAUUUAAUCUUAGUGGGAUGGGUUGUGGUAGUGGGAUUCUCGCCAUUGAUAUGGCUUCACAUAUGUUAAGAAGUUCUGGAAGAAAAAUCCAGAAUGUUCUUAUUGUGAUUACUGAGAAUAUUAGUCUUAAUUGGUAUAGUGGAGAAGAUAGAUCGAAAUUGGUUACUAAUUGUAUUUUCAGAGUGGGUUGUGCGGCAGCGAUUUUAACUAACGAUCCAACUCGGCGCCGAAUUGCCAAGUUUGAACUCGUUAACUCGUUAAGAACACACCAUGGGUCUGAUGAUAGUUCGUAUAAAGCUGCAUUUCAAGAAGAAGAUGAGAUGGGGGUUACAGGGGUUUCAUUAACCAAAGAUUUAAUCCGAGUUGCCGGUCUGAAUCUGCGAUUACAUCUAAAAACACUUGCACCACGAGUUCUUCCAUUGAGUCAACUCGUUCUGUAUGUGAAAUCAGUGGUGAUGUCCGUGUUGACUCAGGGCGAGUCUAAGACAAUGGUGCCUGAUUUCACAACUGCAUUUGAGCAUAUUUGUAUCCAUACAGGUGGGAAAGCAGUGAUUGAACAGGUAGGGAAGGUGUUAAAGUUUAGUGAGUCAGUGACUGAGCCGGCUCGGAUGACUCUGCACCGAUUCGGCAACACGUCGAGUAGUUUAGUGUUUUAUGAAUUGGCUUAUUUUGAAGCAAAGAAAAGGAUUAAAAAAGGGGAUAGAAUAUGGAUGUUGGCAUUUGGGACUGGUUUUAAAGUGGGAAGUUUGGUUUGGAAAUCUUUAAAAAAUUCGGAUUAUGAUCGUGAUAAUGUUUGGAAUGAUUGUAUUCAUAGGUACCCACUUAAGUCAUGGUAAAUUAAGGGUAAUUAAAUAAGUAAAUUAGUUCUACCAUGCAAGCUACUAUAUUAAUAUAAUAAAUGUAUGAAAAUUUAGUUUGUUGUUUGAUUUAACUUUAUAUAAAAAUAUAAAUAUGUGUGUGCAUUAGUAAAUGGUUCAUAGAAUUAAUGUUGUAGCCAAUUAGCUUAAAGUCAAAAGUUAUAGUGUGGGUUGAUUAGGACAUACUUAGAUUGAGAAAACACAAAGAAGGUGGGGUUACUCAUGUUUCAACCAAUGUGUCCUUCUUAGGUUUCAAAUUUAAAUGGUAUGCCACAUAGUCAAUGUCAUUUUGAAUUGUCAAGUGUAUACAAUUACUUAAGUACUUCUACUAUUUGAUUUUUUUUUGGUCUCAA